AAUAGAAUUAUUGGGACGUAUCAAAGGAAUUUUUCUUCUGUGGGAGACACUAUAGAGUUACCGAACAUCGAGAAAUUACAUUUGGAAGUGGAGAAUUUGCAAAAGAGGAUGACACAUUUAGAAAAAUCAUGCAAACAUAUGAUUGGUGAAGAUUUGGAAUUAUUAAACUUUAAGGAGUUACAACGUCUUGAGAAGCAAGUAAGUUUGGGUGCUAGGAAGAUACAUUCCAAAAAGGCAAAAUCACUUAUGCUGGAAAACGCUAACCUGUUUAAAAAGAUUGAAGGAGGUUGCAGGACAUGCCACCUCAACAUUGACAUUAUGGAGGGAUUUGACAAUGAUUUGGAAACAGAUGGUGCAACUCAACAAAAUCUACAUCAGACUAAUCUCAAUCUCACCCUGUCAUGAAUUCGAUGGACUCUAUGCUCGGAGAUAAAAGAAAAAGUUUAAUGACGAGAUUGUGUAUGUGCAGCCUGUCAUGAAGUCAAGGGGAUGCUAUUGUCCAAGAGAUUUUCUGCAACUUAUUUAAGUCGCUGUGAAGUUACAAUGGUAUUCAAACAGAUUAUAUGCUAGGAAAUCUAGGUAUUCCAUUACUGUUUAUAGACUCGAACCUCUCACUUUGUUUGCCAUCUAUGCUAUGAUUUGAUGUUAAGGUUUACGUUUUUAGCAUUUAUUUUAUAAUUGAAAAUAACUUUUAGAUUGAAAUACUGUACAAGAGUAAAAUUUAGAGCGCAUUAUGGUUCUCUUUUAUGAUACCCAUACCUGUAAGAUCAGAAUCUAUAAUUCUUAACAAACUAAUUGAUCGGAAUUUCCUUCAAUUGCUUUUUACUGUUACAAG